AAGUACAUUUUCGGAAUGCGCAAGAGGGAGACGGUGAAAGCCCGAGGGAGCGCAAAACAACAAUCUCGAAGAGAAAGUCGGCGAUAAUCUAGGAUUCCGGCGGAUUGGGCGACGAUCGAAGGAUCUUACCGUAGCAGGGAUCGAUUCGCGGUGAAUUUAGGUUUUUUUUGCUGUUGGAGGUUGUGCGUGAGAGGAAAUUGUGAGUAACUGCUUGCUGGGUGUAUUUCGAUCAACUGGAUGCUCUCCGUGGGGCGUAGUAAUGAGGGGAAGAGGAGAUCAGCGUUAGGUUUGGAAGGGAGGGGAGGAGAAAAGAAAAAGGAGAUGGAGGUGAACGAGCUUGAGGAAGGGGAAGCGUAUUCUGGGCAGGAGGACGACAUCGACCCCGAUGCUCUCUCUUACAUCGAUGAAAAACUUCAGCAUGUAUUGGGGCACUUCCAGAAACAGUUUGAAGGUGGUGUAUCAGCAGAGAACUUGGGAGCCAAGUUUGGGGGAUAUGGCUCAUUUCUGCCGGCAUACCAGCGUUCUCCUCCAAUUUUGUUGUCGCAACCUAAGAGCCCAGCUAAGGUGCCAGGCCAAGGCAUGUUGAGCUCACCGUAUUAUUUGCAACCUGAGGUGUCAUGUCAGAAUGCUUCUGUUCUUGCAAAUGCAUCCUUACCUAAGGCCAACAAUGCAUCUGCUGUGCAACCAACCGAGAGAUGUGGUAAAAGGGACAGCUGCAUUGGCUCCUGCAGUAUAGAAGGUAUUACACAGCAUGAGUCUACUAGACAGUCAACCGAGAGUAGAGAUCCUAAGUCGCUGAAGGUGCGGAUUAAGGUUGGACCCGAGAUUGUCUCGACUAGAAAUAAGCCUGAAAUUUACAGUAAAUUGGGACUUGAUGUUUCUCCAUCUCCGUCCCCCGAAGAUAGUCCAGUUGGAAUUAGGGAGCUUUCUCCUGAAUUACCUGUUACGCUUUGUGAAUCUCCAUCCACAGUUCUUCAGAUCAUGACAUGCUUUCCAGUUCCAGGCAAUUAUUUUCUUUCACCUCUUUCUGCUACUCCACUCCAUUUAAUUGAGAGAGAAGACACUUCUAGUAAAAACUUCAAGAGAAGCAUGACACAUAAAGUUUUGCCAGAAAAUUUUAUUGCUUCAUCCAAUACAACUUUGGCUUCAAAAGGUGUUAGAGAUCUAACAAACAAGGAAAAAAAAUCCAGAGAGAAGGGUCAAAAGUUAGUACAAGCUCAUGGGCUUACUUGCGAGGAUGUAAUAACUAUGUACUUGAAGAAUGAAAUUGGAAGCAAAACGCCAGCAGCCCAAAACGUUGCUUUGAGUGCCCAAGAUAUGUCAUUGCCAUCCAAUGUUCAGUCUGUAGAUGUAAAAGAGGAGACAUACCUCGGUGGUAAUUCCACAAAAGAAUGUAGUAAGGUGUUUGAUAUUCAUAAUGAGCAAAAUAACAUAGCGAUGAUGGAAGGAGUUCAUGCACUUGAUUUAAGAAAGGAUAACCACUUAGAGCUCAAUAAUAGCAUGGGAAUGGAUUAUUCAGACAAGGAAAUCAUUCCCUCAAAGGGAAAUGCAUAUUCAAACACACAUUUUACUGAUAAAGUUUUUGAAGAAAAAAAUUAUAAAUUUGACAUAUGCAGAAAAAGCAAGAGUAAGUCCCAGAAAAAUCCUGAUAAAAAGAGAGGGGAUUCUGAUAAAUAUAGGAUGAGGAAGGAUUGUAGUGUUUUUUGUGAGGAACAUGUAAGAGUGCAAGCUCAUCAGAAAACUUGUUCGAAAGAAAAAAAUGUUUUCAAGAUGGUGCAAGCCAAAGAUCAAACAUUUGAGGAUGAAAAAAAUAUUAAGCAAAGUCAAAAUUUUGGCACACUAUUUGGUGUGCCAAACAAAGAAAAAGAGAGCACUGUACUUCCUGUGGAACCUAAAGGAAUAAAGAAGACAUCUCAUCUGAAAGGUGCACAUUUAGAAACCAAGUCUAAAAUAUCUAAGUCACAGAAGAAAUUGAAUAAAGGUCGCAAUACUGAAUCUCAAAGUGAGCUUUUUAUGAGUGCUCACGCCCAACAAGUUGAGAACGUGAGACAUGUUUUAGGUUCCUCAAGAUCUGCUGAAAAAUCAAGGGAAAAAUCAGAAGUUAGCAAGGUUGAAAGUCUUCUUAAUACUGGACCCACCAAUGAUGUACCAGCACCCAUGAAUGAUGCUGUCCCAAACAACAAUUCAGUUUCUGCGAUCAAUGCUUUAGUUUUUAUAGAGGAUAAUUGGGUAUGUUGUGACAUAUGCCAACAAUGGCGCCUUUUACCAUAUGGAAUCAAUCCCGAAAGCCUUCCAAAGAAAUGGCAAUGCAGCAUGCAAUUUUGGCUUCCAGGAUUGAACAAUUGUAACGUCAGUCAAGAUGAAACAACAAAAACUUUCCAUGAGCUUUUUCAGUUCCCUGUUCCUGGGAGUGACCCCAAUUUGACUGCUCAUCUUAAUGCUGCUGCAUCAAGCGUAACAUCAGCUGACACUCUGAAUUCAGGUAGAAGACUGGAAUAUGUUAUGCAUAAUGCACAUUUGAGUGGCAAGAAAAAGCAUCUGUCAAUGGAUGCUUCAGACUUGCAGAAUGAUUUAGCUUUGACAAAUCUACCAAAUUCUUCAAAGAAUUUUCUUGUAUCUUCUGGACAUAAAGGCUUCAUUGAUGAAGGGUAUUGUAUGGAGAUGGACUCCAUGAUCAAACCCAAACCAGGGUUGGCCGCCAGAUCUAUGGACAUUACCCCAGAAAAACAUAUCCACAAACGGAAGGAGAAACAUAAAACUGCAUCAUCCCUAAAAGUUGGAGGUGAUUUAACUGAAAGAUUGGGUAAACAUUUAAAACCUAUGAGCAAAAGAGGAACUGAUGUAGAUGGUCAUGAAGUAUCCAAAAAGUUUAAGAAAGAUGACUCAGACCUUUCUACAAAGGAUUUACAUCCUAGUAUUGAUAUAUCAGGCAGAAUGGCUGUCAAUGGGGAUACUGAAUUGUUGGCAAGAGUUCAUAGGAAUACUUUGCAAAAUUGCAGUGAUCAUUCUUCUUCUAAAGUUUUAAAAUCUAAAAGUGCAUCAUCCAUGAAAUCCAGGGAAAACGUUAAGUCUUCUAAUGGGAAACAUAAAGAAAUCUCUAGUGCUUCAGCAGCAGAAAAAUCUGAUAAGUAUGAUUUUAAUGGUAAGAAGAGGAAACUAAAAGAGCGGCAAGAGAGUCAGGCUUGCCAGGAAAUUUCAAUUAGCAAUGAUCAGGUUUCUGGCAACAGGCCUAUGUUGAAAGAAUCUUUGAUUGAGAGUGAGUUGAGGAGGCAAAAGAUGGCUAAGAUGGCAAAAUCUGAGGGGAAAGAGUCUUGUGCAGUUGUUGCAGGUGGAAAUUUUGAAACGAAUGGUUGCUCAACAAGAAUUGCCUUAUCUAUUAAUGGGAAGCAUUCUCCGUAUGUAAUUGAUAAUGAGGGUGUAGGGCAUGCUUCGGAUGAGCAAAUGGUACAUUACCAAGGGAAUGCAACAUCAGGACAGACUUUGGAUUGUGUUGAUACCUUGAAGCGAGAUGUGACCUAUAUGAGGUCUGUUACUGCAGCUACUUCAACCUCUUCCAUGGUAUCAGGAUCUAAAGUCAACUUACCGGAGCAAGAGGAUCACCAGUAGAGUCCGUUUCUUCAUCCCCAGUAAGGGUUUUAA